UUCAAAGUCACAUUCUCUCCCAUGCUUUCCACUUUUCUGAAUCCAUGGCUUUCGCAUCAGUGUCCUCCUCCUCCACCUUCAGCCGCCCCCCGCCGCCGCGUCCUCCUCCUCCUCCUUGCUUCACUCCUCCUUCACUUGCCUUUGCUCGGAGCAGCCACAUAACUCUGCCUCGCUACAAGAUCCCCCAUGGGUUCUCGCGUUUCCACCAUUCCUCCGCCAGCUCUUUCGCCGCCAGCACCUUGCCGCCGAGGUCCAAGGCGCCACGCAGAAAGCCAGAGCUCACCUCCUCCUCCGCCACUGCCACCCCGCCAUGCACCGAGUGCGGCAAGCGCUUCUCGUCCUGUAAGGCCCUGUUCGGCCACAUGCGCUGCCACCCAGAGCGGCAGUGGCGCGGCAUCAACCCACCGCUCCACCUCCGCCGCCCGCCCCCACACGACCAGUGCUUCACUGCCGAGGAGCACGAGGUCGCCUCAGUCCUCCUCUUGCUCUCCCGCGGCACUCCCAGAGACGCCACUCCCCUUUCUGCCAUGGAUGCGUUGGGAAGCAGUUGGAAUCGGAACAACGUCUGCUCCAAAGGCUUCUCCUCCGAUCAAGCAGUUGGCGGGCACAAGAGGAAUCACCGGGAGAAGGAUUACCAAGAACUAGAGGAACCUGCGCCGGACUGUUCCUCUACGAGGAGCUACAUACUCGAUCUCAACUUGCCGCCGCCGCCCGAAAGCACCGACGACCGAAGCCCGAACGCCGUCUUGAACCUGAGAUUAGGCAUCUAAACGCCUCUCCUCUCCUGGCCCCCUCUUCUUAAUUUACUCAGUAACCUUUCAGAUUCGACUUGAGUGUCUUUAGCAUUCAUUUCGAGGGUUGGUUCUAUUCAAACAUUCCUAUUCAUUCACUGUAUUUAAGAAUGAAUUGUUGCGCA